AUGAUAAAGCUGGUAAGAUUGUUGCAAGCACGUCAGUUGCUACGAACUACAGCGUUGAAAGCAAGCAGCACGAAUUUGGAGCCAAAACAGGUAUGUUGUUAUUUGUAUUCGAUGUUUAGAAUGUUUAUAUUGAUAAUAUAUGUCGGAAAAUGGAUUUAAAAGCUUGACAAUAGAGAGUUCUUGGUUUUCAUUAACAUCUCAAGUAAAAAAAGGCAAGAAAAAUAUGUUUUUCAAGACUUCAUUAACCAAUCAAAGGUAAUAUAGCUUUUGAAAGUAAUUUCAGUUUCCAAUCUCAAAAACAUCAACAACUUCUAUGAGAUUGUAUUUUAAUAAUUGGCCAGACAAUUCUCGACGAGAUUAUGAAGAGCUUCAUCAACAAUUCGACACUGCUCGACCUUCAGAAGUCAAGGCGAUAUUGUUUAUGAUAGAGAAGACUUCUUCAGCUGACAAAAUCUAUUCAACCGUGUCGUAUCUAAUACAAAGAAAGCUUGUGAAAUCUUCUGAUGUUCCUAUGAUAUUAAAGUUGUUAGGACAAGCAUACAUGGAAAAACCACCUUCAUCUAGGGAUUUGGAGGUAUAUCGAACUUUAGAGGAGUUAAUAUCUAAAACUGGUCUGUUUGCUUCGUCCAGCCAAUGCCUUUACAAUAUAUUGAUGGGAGAAGAUGUAAAAGGCUUUGGAGAAUAUGGAAUGUUAAAAAGAAUUUGUUUUAACGCUUUGGUUGUUCAAAAAAUACGAAGUAAUGACUUGGAAGGCUUCAAACAGGUAUGAAUAACAUUCUUUUCAUAUUUUGUUCGACUUUUAGGUAUUAGAUCACUUUAAAAUGGAUAAAUUAUGUCUCUACGAAGAUUCUCACUUAUUUUCACAAUAUAAACAACGUCUGGAAGUUGGUGGAGUUCCGUGGCUCGUGCCGUUUUUAAAACAAUUUGAGGUUUCUAAUGUGCUCAUGGAGGAUUAUAGUGCUAUACGUCAAGCUGUUGAGUAUGUUUUUGAUAUCAUUUCUUAUUAAAAGGUAGAAAAGGCUCUAAAGCUUCUAUAUAUGCUAGUUUUUUAUAGAUAUUUGGUUGUUUUUACACUUUUAUAACUUAUAUUGUUUUAGCUCAGCUAGAGCAAAAGUCCGAAUCUCUAAAGUAACAGGUGAUGUUUGUGGCGUGUGUAAAAAGACGUUGCCUACAUUGAAAAGAACAGAAGAUGGAUUCACUGAGCUAAAGAAUACAUUAUAUAAUCAUCUACAAAAGGCUGUCGAACAAAAUCGUGUUGGUAACAUUAAGGAUUUCAAUAGAUUGUUGGGAUUGAUAAAAGCUAUACAAAAAGACUACAAAGGACAAAUGUAAGUUGAUUUUAAUUUAUUUUUGCUUUUAGGUAUGCGUUGGAUGUAAAAUACAGAAAAUAAUACGAUAUACAGGUUUUAUCUUUCAGGCCGACCAAGAAAUGUAUUGUAGUAGAUGUUCUCAACAUUUUGAGCGGACUUUACACGUCAAAUCGACCUGGAGUUGUUGGUUUUUUGAUGAAAUUGAAGGAUGAGUAUGAAGAGGUUGUGUUAAUGAUGAGGAAGAAUGUUCUGGCUGAUUAUACACCAAGAUUACGAGGAUAUGGCCUUAGGGUGGUCGAGGUGGCAAGGGAGUAGGUUAACAUAAUAUUUUUGGAUUUUUCAUGCUUUUAUUAGACUUUUAUGAUUAAAAUAGUGUGAUAAAACGAAAAACUAAUAAAAAAUGCUUUCAGCUCCGACGACGACACUUUUGCCAUAAUGGCAGCGCUGUUGAUCAACAAUCAAUGUUAUGUUAUGUCGAAUGAUCGCUUCGGUUUAACCAAAACCAUAUUGCACAAUAUAGGGAAUGAAAAGGCUGAGAAAGAGUUUGAGAGGUUCAUAGUUACAAGAGUCAUUGGGUACGAUAGAGAGAAAAUCCAACAGGCUGUAAGUUAAUUUUUUUUUUAAAUUUAUUUUUACUUGAAAAUGAUACUAAAACUUACUUCAAUAAUUUUUAGUUUUUUGUAAACUUUUUUGUUUUUACAGUUUUUUAUUGCAUUAGACAGAUUUUUGUCAUGAGAGGAACACUUGACUCGACAAAAUUUUGUUUUGGGUCAAGUGUUACUUUUGGAUUGAAACUUUCGAUUCGAAGAUAAAAACAGGAAAGCGAUCAUUAAGAAAGGUUUUUUUUAGCAAUUUUUUGAUUUUAUGAUAUUUUUAAGCUAUUUUUCGUAUAUAUGUUUGUUUUUACAGCCCCCACUACCAGUUCAGUUGAAGAUGAAGUUGAACGAAGACGAAAGCCGAGCACAUUUCGUGCUGAUCGGCAAUAGUAUAGUAAACCAACAGCAACUAUAUUGUGUAGAAUUGAAUAGGCGGUCUGAUAGGGUUUAA